UGAAUGGUGUCACAUGUGUUUUCGGGUGAUUAGUUAAAAAUUCACGUAACUCUUGACAUACAAACAUUUUGAUAUUUGAUCGGGAUACAGUAUGAACGAAUAUUGCUCUGCUACCAAAGACCUGUGUUGUUUGAAGGAGGGGCUGUUCCUGCCUUUGGAAGAAACGUGCCGCAAACAAGAAGGGUAUUCUGAAGUAGUGAAACAGGAAAUGUCUCGUGCACCCGAGAAGCCCCCUGAACUGCGCUUUGCUUCAAACUUGCCCGACUCCCUAAGCACAUCCCUCUUAGCGAGAUCUUAG